CCGCGAUCGAGUCGCGAUCAUUCGUAAAGCUCGCGUUCGAACAGCCGGGCAUUUCGGGAGAUCGUGAAUAUUCUCGACAUUGCCGGUGCGAUUCUUUCGACCGGCCCGGUUCUUCGAUCACGACUCUGCAUAUUCUUCUUUUUCUUCUUCUUCUUCUUUUUCGCGAGAGAAAGCAAGUUAAAGAGAGCAUCUCCUGUCGAAUACAAUACAAAUUCGUAUCGAGAUUACAGUGAGGACUUGCAAUGACGAUCGUGCAAAUGCGGACGUGAUUUUGUCCACGUAUCGAUCUUUUUUUGAAAGGGGCUUGCGAAAGUCGCUCGGUUUCCGAGUUGCGCUCCCGUGAAAUAAUUUCUUCAGCUCGGUUCGCACGUCGCAGGGAAGAAAUGGGGACGUUCGUGAGAAUUUGGGCGAUUUUCAGCCUGAUCGGUUUGUCGCGCGCCGAGUCGCCGGUGGAAAUCCUGACAUCCUCCAACAAUCUCGGCACCUUCAAAGAGGACGACAUACUCAACGUGCUUUCACGCAACAAGACCGACACGACUAAGAACUUCACUUUCGUCGAGCUGAUCAACAGCCUCGGUAAUUACACGAUCGACACCGAGAGAGAUAUAUGGAGUGACGACAGGCCGGAAACGCAUCACACGAAUCCGCACUAUGAGGAUUUCCCCGAGAAAAUCGAUCUCGAGGCGCGGAGAUUAUUGCAAAUUCUGCCCCCUUACGAUCCCGGGGCGGGAGGCGUCAGCGCGGAAUGCAAACGACACGCCAAUAUCUUUCACCAGGAGCUCGCGAAGUUCACGCUGUGGGCGCUCAGAAUGUACGACGCGACCGCAAAAGUGCCUUCCGGUCUGCUGAGCGGGAACGUUAAUCAAUUCGGCGAUUUUGAUGAAUGUGUCGGUGUCGAGGGCAAGGAUGGUAUUCGAGGACAGUAUUGUCUCGCGCAUUUGCAGCUGGACGUCGACCAGUCUCGACCGGACCUCAAGUAUCUACAUCGCCUGAUGCAUUCGCAUUACGCGUUUCGUAGCAACAUGACCGACCCCGGCCACAGAGUGCCGCGUUUUAGCAGCUUGAAUUGGGCCAUAUGCACACCGGCAUCAUGUACAGCCCAAGAUGUGAAGGCCUCCCUUCAACAUACUAUCUCGAAGUACACGGCUCAGACUGGUUUCAAAAUCUCGUUGCGAGUAGACCAGAACAUGUGCCAAGUGAAGAACGAAUUUGUUCCAUCAAAGGGAACUAUCGCCACUAGUCUUUUCUUCGUCACCAUACUCGUCCUGACUCUCGUAGCCGCGUUAUACGAUCAUCUCGAAAUACCGGCUAGCGAAUUGCUCUUAUCGUUCUCUUUGAAGCGCAACAUUCGGAAAUUAUUCUCGUUGGAAAGACCGAAAGGCGAUAUAGAAUCGCUCCAUGGUUUGCGAUUUUUAAACAGUCUUCUGCUACUUACAGCUCACAAGAGCAUGGCCAUUUUCUUUAUGCCAUACAUGAACCGAACUUACAUGAGCGAGUUUUUAGGUAAACCAUGGACAGUCAUAGGACGAGCGGCCAGUCUGUAUACUGAUCCAUUCAUUAUGUUAUCCGGUCUAUUAACAACGUACUCGUUCCUAGGUAAAUUGAAAAAGACGGGUAAUUUGGACAUCAAGAACGAAUACUUCUCGCGCUUGCUAAGGUUAGUGCCAACUCUAGGAGCACUGAUAUUAUUUUGUACAUACAUUAUGCCGUACAUCGGAUCCGGACCGCAGUGGCCGCUAGUGGUAACCAGUCACGCGGAAGUCUGUAAAAAAACGUGGUGGCGGAAUUUCUUAUUUAUUCACAAUUAUUUCGGAUUUGAAAAUAUAUGUCUUACGCACACGCACCAUAUAGGUAUAGACACGCAGCUGUUCGCGAUUUCACCUCUGCUGGUGCUGUUUCUGUAUAAAAAGCCAAAAAUGGGGGCCAUUGUACUCUGUGUAAUAGCCUCGAUAUCUACGAUAUUGAGAUUCUAUGUCACAUAUACCAAAAAUCUCAACAAUUACGUGUACUACGGCACGUCGAUAAGACAAUUAUUCGACACUGCUGAUUACUCUUACUCAUUACCGUCGCACAGAUUGACCGUUUACAUCAUCGGUAUCUUCACGGGUUACUUGCUGCGAAAUAUACCCAAAGAUUUUAAGCUGAGCACAACAGCCCUCUACACUGGCUGGAUCGUGUGCAGCUUAAUGUUCCUGGCGGCUUUUAUCGGGCCUUCUAAAAUGGGCUCUAUCGAUUACGUGUACAAUCCGAUUCACGCGGCUAUUUACAACGCGUUCGCUCCCAUCGGAUGGUGCAGCCUGCACGUUUGGCUAGCAAUAAUGCAAUACACCGGGAGUUCAAACGGAUUUUUGAGCAAAUUAGUCUCUUGGCGAGGAUUUCUUGUUACCACAAGGAUUAGUUAUGCUAUAUAUUUAACGCAAUUCCCAAUAUAUUUCUACAAUGUUGGGCAAACUCGCACCGCGGAGCACUACGAAUUUUUCAGAGUAAUGCUAAAUAUAAAAGAGAUAGCGUGGAUUCUUUUCGCAUCAAUAGUGCUCACGCUACUGUUCGACACGCCGUUCCAGAAUCUAAAAAAUUACAUAUUGAAAAAACCAAUGUUGGAAAAGGAUGUAACAAAAUCAUCCAAAGUUGAGUAAUAUCCAUUUUAACUAUUUUUAAUUUUAAUUUUGACCAAAUAUUUUAGCUUAUUUACAAUAGCUCGUCUGCAGCUUUGUACAUAGCGUUUUAUAAUUAAAUUUUUAAAAUAAUUUAAACAUUAAGUAGAAUGCAAAAUAUUAGAAAAAAAAAAUUAUGAUGAAAAAUUAGAUUUUACAAAAAUUAAUUCAAAUUGUUUCACAUAGGAAAGUAAUCCUAAUUACUUUCCUAUGUGAAACAAUUUGAAUUAAUUUUUGUAAAAUCUAAUUCUUCAUAAUAUUUUUUUUCUAAUAUUUUGCAUUCUACUUAAUGUUUAAACGCAUCCUAAUGCGUAGAAAUGAAGUGUAUUUAUAUUUAAACAACUUUUUUUUUAAUGAAUAUUCAUCGACCUCAUUAUGUAAUUAGCCCUCAGUUAACACACUAUAUUGAAUUCGAUAUUUUGCCACACGUGGGUAUACCACACCCGAUCAUUUUGAAUUGUGUAUAUCUCGGUACGUAAUGAAUAGAAUUUGAACAAUUUUUUAAAUUACGCGAUACGCCAAAAAAUCAAGAAGACUAAAUAGGUGGUAAAACCGAGAAAUUGAAUAUAUUCGAAAUAUUCAGAAGAAAAGGAGUGAAUAAUUUACAAAGCAUUUUUGUAAACGGCCCGGGUGUACGACACCCAGUGUGUCAGCUGAGGGUUAAAAAUAUUUUUACUAUACCUUUAUAUACAUCAAAUAUGACCAUAAAAAAUUGUAAAUAUUAGUUUCUCGUUAAUUUUCGAGCAAUAAACUUAACAAGGAAUAUUUCAGUGAAUCAAUGUACUGUCAUAUAAUUCACGAUACGAAUGAAGAUUAAUAUUGUAUGUUUUAUAAUUCCUGUUCUUGCAUAAGCUCUGAAGAUAUUAAUUAAUAAUGUAGAAUAUUUAAAAAAAUAUAAAUAAUAAUGGAGACCAAUAUUUUUUGUAACUACAUAUCAGACGUAGUUAAUGGAAAAUGUAAGGAAUUAUAGUAAUUUAAUACUAUUAGUAUUAAAUUAUUAUUAGUACAUUUACUUUAUAAUAAGCAAAUGGUACAGAUUAUUUUACGUAUCGAUGAGAAAAAACGUGAUAUGAAAUGAUUUCACGUACAAAUAUUUUCUGACUAGAAAUUAAAAAAUUAUUCAGAAAAUCAUGGUCACUAAAAUGUAAUUAUUUUAUUAAUUGUAUUACUGUGUUAAUAGUAUUAAAUUAAACAAUUUCAUAUAAUUUUAUCAUGUUUUCUUUACUUUUAUACAUAUUACAUACAUCGUUCAAGAAAUACAGCUUACAUAUAUUUCCUCUUGAAUACGAUACUCUGUUUUCACGCGGAACAUUGCAUAAAAUAAGAUAAAUAUUUCAUAUUCAUCACAAUAAUAUACAUAAAUACACAUACAGCAGAAGCUUAAAACUAAAGUCUACUAUUUCGAGCUUCA